CUAACUUCGACUUUAAUUAAAUGACGCAAUUCCAUCGGGUACCUUUACGGCCUCAAGACCUGAGAUGCAGCCCAGUGCCGAAAUAUUCGUCAAAGAGCCCGAGGAGAAAAGCAUAGGGUUUCCAGGGCGCUUAGUAGAAAAUCUGCAAGAUGCCAUAAACGAAAUGCUUAAGCGUAAUGAAGGGACGCUCAAGACCUGCAGGUACGUCAUCUUGAACGUCGCACUUGUGAGCUACUUUGCCUUGGCGACCUACUACUUUAUUGAAUUCUCCAAUGAUACCCUGGAGAGCACGACGUGCACAGGUUACGGUUUUCUGAUGAUCAUCUUCAUCCUCGUUUACUUUGGUGUCGCAUACUCUUUGAUUAUAAAGCCGAUCAUCAAUCGAAUAGACACAGGAAGGAUUUCAAAUUUGCUCUCAAAUCGAGCCGUAACAAUUGCCACCCCCCUGGCCAUUGCCGUAGCAAUCGGCGUGUAUCUGGCCAUCGAUACCAGUGAUAACCGACAACGGCUGGUUCCGCUACUUGGACUCUUCGUCUUCUUGCUGUUCGGUUUUCUGUUCAGUAAACACCCAAGACAGAUCAAGUGGAGGCCAGUUGUCUGGGGUCUGAUCUUACAAUUCGUUUUGGGUCUGCUCACCAUCAGAUGGGAUGUCGGCAGGGGCAUCUUCGAGUGUUUGGGCAAUAAAACAGCCACGUUUAUGGGGUACGCUGCUCCUGGUUCCGCGUUCGUCUACGGGGAUUUUUUGAUUUAUCAAGAGGCCGUGUUUUUCUUUCGUGCGCUGUCCACGGUAUUCUUUUUAGCUUAUCUGAUUAACGUCUUGUACCACUACGGGAUCAUGCAAAAGAUCGUCGGUAGUUUGGGCGAACUUUUACAGGCGGUUAUGGGUACCACGAUCUGCGAGAGCGUUAUCAGCGUGGCAAACAUUUUCUUGAGCAUGAUUGACUCACCUCUGAUCCUGAAACCGUAUCUCGAAGAACUGACCGUUUCGGAAAUUCACGCGAUGAUGACGAGCGGAUUUGCUUCAAUCGCAGGCACCCUACUCGCAGCUUACAUGUCCGCCGGAGCAGAAGCCUCCCACUUAAUUACUGCGAGCGUGAUAUCCGCCCCUGCUGCGCUAUGCUACAGCAAACUCGUCUACCCCGAAACCGAAGAGGUCACUGCAACGAAAGAGACCAUCCAGCUACUCAAGACAGAGUACACUUCACCUUUUGACGCUGCAUGCAACGGAACGGCGACGGCAGUCGAGCUAGUCUUACGAACCGCGGCGAACCUCAUCGCGUUUAUUUCCGCAAUCCAGUUGACAAACGGCCUCCUUUCCUGGAUGGGCAUUUUGCUUGGGUUCCAUGGCGAUAAUGCUUGGACGCUCGAAACCACCGCCAGUUACGUAUUCAUGCCGGUUAUGUUUAUCCUCGGCGUACCUUGGGAUGAAUGCCAAUCGGUCGCCAGGAUGAUCGGAAUUAAAACCAUGGCCAACGAGUUUUUGGCCUUUAGAGAAAUGGGCCGGGUGACUUUGAGGAAGCGCACCAAAGUGAUAGCCACUUACGCCAUCUGUGGGUUUUCCAAUCCUGGAGCAAUUGGAGUUACCAUUUCCACGCUUUCCUUGCUGAUGCCUAAGAAGAAGAGCGCCAUAACAUCGACGGUUUUUAGAGCUGUCGUUGCCGGAGAAAUAUCUUCUUUUAUGACCGCGUGUAUAGCGGCGUUAUUGAUACCGGACCAUUUACUUUGAGGGUUGUAGUUUGAUGUCGUUACUAAAAUAGUCUAACUCAAUUAUUCCGUCAUCAGAUUCCUCUGAACUGACUGCUGGUAGUGUCUAUCCUUUGUCCAAGUUGGUAGAAAUAUAAGAUAUGGGAUAA